AUGAAGCAAUUCCAGUCCUUUGGUUCGACAGAGAACGCCAUGCUGCCAAACAAGCAUCGAAGACAAGCAGCCACAGAUAUGUACGCCGAACCCGAGAACUUCCUAGAGAUUGAAGUGAUCAACCCCAAGACACAUCGAGCAUCCACGGCGGGGGGUUCAGAGAUGUAUACGGACUAUGAGAUCGUGUGUCGUACGAACCUGCCAUCAUUUGGUACCACAUCGGUCAUUAGAACCCGCAGACGGUACUCUGACUUCGAGUUCUUCAAAAAGUGUCUUGUCAAGGAGAUUGCACUCGCGAGUCAUCCCCCAGUUACUGUGCCUAGUCUUCCUGGGAAGAUUAUCCUGAGUAAUAGGUUCAGUGACGAAGUAAUCGAAGAGAGGAGGAAGGGUCUCAACAAGUGGAUGCAGUCAGUGGCAGGCCAUCCCUUAUUGCAAUCGGGAUCUCAUGUUCUAGUUAGGUUCAUAGAAGAACCAAAAUUCAUGGGUUAA